AAGUCAAACUCAGGACCUCACAUUUGCCAGACAAGCUGUGCACCACUGAGCUAUAUACCCGGCCUUACCUGUACCCUUAUCAGGGUUGUUACCUAUCUUCUUUCUCCCCGUUCCUUUUCCUCUUUACAAAUAAAGUAUCUUCCUUUCAUUAAACUUUGGCCUCUAAUGUAUUUAUUGGGGCUGAGUUAGGACCCUGGUGGGCUGCUCGGACAAGAGAGCAGCAAUACUCAUCCCCCAGAUACAACGUCUUCAUCUAGUUCUCCACUUCCUCCCCACCCAUUCCUCUUCCAGUCUCCACCUGCACCCCACCUUCAUUCUCUGUAGCACCAACUACAGUAAAAUACUUAAAUUUCCCUGAAUAUGACUAACAGACAAAGCAUUUGCUCAUGCUGUCCUUCUGCAUAGAGCAUUUUUCCUUCUGCCUGCCUCAGAAAAAUGUGAUUUAUCUUUCAAGACCCAACUCAAACACUAUCUCCUCAAAGAUGGUUUCCUGACACCCAUCCUCCUUCCUCGUGGUGUAAGCUGACCGCUUUCUCCUUUGGGUCCCAUUCCUACUACACAGAUUCUAUACCAUGGGCCGAUGUAAGUGCACACAAUGAAAUGCACUAACAAUGCAUUUCUCAGAAUGUAGCAAUGCACAACUGUAUACAUUUGCUUAAUUUUAAAGACCCCUCUAUCAUCACUAUUCUGCUCUAAUUAUCUAUGUAACUGUUUAUCCCUCCUACCUUAACAAAUGCCCCAAUCCUGAACCAGGCUGAUAUUACAGAGAUACGAUGCUUGACACCCAGCCACCAGUCUUGAGCCAGGGCCACCCCUCUCCCAGUUCCCUUCUUCUGCAACCUUUCUUUUGUCUGUUGCAGCUAUGCUACCAGCUCCGGGUCCACUGCACGCAGCCUUGCCUGAUUUGUUCACCUCUGCACAUCUUCCCUGUUUCCAUCCACUAACUCUUCCCUCCGCUCCAAUUUCAAACUUUUCCCAGGCUCCCUCCUCAUGUAAACCCUGGGUUGUCAGUGUAAACCCUGCUCUUGUGAGAGGCAUUCAUUCGCCCAGCCCUUCAUCCUACCCAGAGGCAUUUCCCUUACUUCCUCCCUAGCUGGCAUUCUUUCCUUCAUGGAUCCCAACACAUCAUUAAUCUAUUGUUUACUUGUUUUUCAUUCCUCUUUUCAAUUAGAGGGUAGGCUGUGUGAGGCUAAUACUUCUGCCCUGGUCCCUGAAAUACCCUCGGUACCUAGCUCACUGUAUGGCAAAUAGCAUCCAUCCAAUGAAUAUAUUUAUGACUAUGUUUCAAAUGUUUUGAAAUAAGAGUUGCUUUUCCUCUGAAGGAAUCUCAAUACCAAAUCCGCUUACCAUCUGCGUUGCUGUUGUAAGUAGCUGGUAACAAUAUUGCUCUUCAUUUUUAUCAUCCUCAUCCCCCUCCAUCUCCUUGAUGACACUGGUAGUGUCAUACAUCUGCGACCUUCACAACCUCUGGAAUUGUGGUUAAAGUAAAUGAUAAACAUUUAAUUAGAAAUGAAUUGAUCCUGUAUGCUUAGCUGGUGUUCAUAUGUCAAAAGGUACAAAAGCUCUCACUGCUUGUAGGAUUUUUUUCAAAUAUAGCACUGACCUCAAAGAGGAAGUCCACCUUCCAGCCUUCACAACAUCUUUGUGACACAUGGCCUGAUGGUGGCAGCAACCAUUCUAGUAAUCUUUAUUUCAUCAUUUCUGGAAAAUUCGACCGGUAACAGAAGUGAAAAAUUCAGUCUCUGACAACUACAUCUUAUGACCGGAGAUCUUCUUGAAAGAAAAAUACUGUAUGUUUCCUGGUUUUCUUGGCCUGGACUUGGGAAGACAGCAUGGGAAAAGCUUCCUCUACAUGUCAACCCAACACUGAUGCCUCUACAGCAGCCCCAGUGACCAGAAGCCACCCCAACAAGGAACACUUGAUCUUGGCUUUUUUUGCUGGGGUUUUACUGACAUUGCUGCUGACAGCCCUUAUCUUCUUCAUCCUAAAGUGCUGCAGAAAGUGUCAUCCCAGACCCCAGGGCCUGGAUCCUCACUCAGAUCCUCCUGCCAGUGUAAGUCCACCAUGUCGUUUCCAGCAUUCAUCCAUACCAAAGGAGUCACUUGUCUAUGCCAGCAUGACCUUCAAACCCUCAGAAGAAAAGAGCAAUCGCUUGACUGCAAACCAUUCUGCACACACAGACCCUGUUGUAUAUGCUCAGAUCAAGUGAUGAACUCACUCACCCAGGAAGGCCUGAGGCCAGUUUCUCUCUUUUUUUGUUUGUUUUUUACAAAUUCAGGACUACAGCCCAUGUGAAAUUAUGGUCAGAGUUGGGUUGAGAUGUGAUCUGGCAAUAUGACCCAACAGUUUAGAAAAUCAGUGCUCAGCCAUGAUCAAACCUGGAGCAGAAUGCUCGCCUCCCACAUGAACUGGCAGUUGAUAGCCCCUGAGGGCUUCCUCGAGCCCUUCUAAAGAGCGUGAGACAGAGCUCCGUGUACAAGAUGUACUCCCCAGCAUCACUGACCGACUAGGGAAGAGUCAACCAAAGAUAAUCUACCAAGAAUUUUUUUUUUUGUACCAACAAUCGAACUUACGAACUCACACUUGCCAGGCAGGAACUGCACCACUAAGCUAAAUCCCCCGCCCUCAAGAAUU